AUGCUUCCCUCUUUUCUCCUCUCAUCAGUGCUGUGCCUCUCCACAGUCUCAGCCUUGCCCAACCCAAUUAUUGCUGAGAGAGCAGCCUGCGAUUGUUCCGGCACUCGCGACGGUGGAUCUAGCUCUAAAGAUUACAUCUGCCGCGAUGCUCGGCUCGGCCCUACGAAGCUUCCAAAGAAGCUCCCGCUGAGCGCAACCGUGGAGAGCUACAACCGCUUCGGUGGGCUUACACCAAUUCAAUUCCUCCAGACUUGGACGGACGAGAAGGGCAACUACAAGUACCCUCCCCAAAAUGGCUUCCAGCUUGACGCGAAUGGCAAUGCCAUCAACGGUAGCAUGGUCCUCCAAGUCGGAACUCUCGUAGAUCGAUUUGGAAGCGAAUAUGGAUCAUACGUCUCUGCUGCCUCUGCUCCCUACUCACAACGAGCUCUCCCUCCUUCGAACUUGGCUACAAACCCCGAUACUCCAGACUUCCCAUACAACUACCACGUCUACCGGGUCAUCAAGCCCCUCACAGUGGUCGGAGGACCUAUCGCGCCUUGGUUUGGCCAGCCCGGUCUCGGAGCGCAAUUCUUCACUGGCGAAACUGGCAACGUCAAGUUUCUGAUUGAGCAGAACUAUUUGCAAAAGGAGGAUCCGUCAGCUCUUGUUUACAAGUCUGAUGGUUGCGCAUAA